GACACUCACAAUCAAGCUGGCAUGGUGCACAGUGGUGCAAUAGUGCCCUUACUGGAACUUCUUGAGUCUAAAAAUGAAUUUCUCCAACACAAUGCUGCAUUUGUUCUUUUUGGGCUUGCAGACAACGAAGAUAAUGUUGCAGAUCUUGUUAGGGUAGGGGGUGUUCAGAAGCUUCAAGAUGCUGAAUUUAUUGUCCAA